AUGACUUCAAUUGGUACUGGAUACGAUCUGUCUAAUAGCGUCUUCUCACCAGAUGGCAGGAACUUUCAAGUUGAGUAUGCAGUAAAAGCCACCGAGAAUGGGGCGAGUUCCGUUGCCAUCAAAUUUAAAGACGGUGUCGUGUUUGCGGUAGAGAAGUUGAUUACCAGUAAACUACUAGUGCCAGGUAAGAACAGGAAGAUCCAAACCAUAGAUCGUCAUAUCGGCUGCGCAUACUCUGGAUUGAUGCCGGACGGCAGACACCUCGUGAACAGAGGACGUGAAGAGGCGCAAAAUUUCAGGAAAACGUAUGCGACCCCAAUCCCAUUGCCGGCUCUAGCGGACAGACUGGGUCAGUAUGUCCAAGCUCAUACUCUAUACAACAGUGUUAGACCAUUUGGUAUCACGGCCAUAAUUGGGGGCGUCGACGAUGAUGGGGUCCAUUUGUACAUGCUAGAGCCUAGCGGUCUAUAUUGGGGCUACACGGGCGCGGCUACAGGAAAGGGAAGACAGUCGGCCAAAGCAGAACUUGAGAAGGUGCUGACUUCGAAACCCGAUCUUGACGGCAGAGAAGCGAUUAAAGAAGCCGCCAGAAUAAUUCACCUGGCUCACGAGGACAACAAAGAAAAAGAUUUUGAGUUAGAAAUGAGUUGGUGUUCGGUUUCCGAAACGAACGGGCUUCAUAAAGCGGUGCCCAAGGAUCUUCUUGACGAGGCACUUGCUUUGGCCAAACAAGAAAGUGGCGACAGCGAUGAAAGUGAUCAGUCUAGCGAUGAUAGCGACAACGAAAAUGAAAACGACAACAGUAACGAAAAGAAAGAUGCUGAAGGUGACGUUCAACUAGAAUAG